AUGGCAAGCACCCUACGCCUGCUCCGCUCCCGCGCCCUGGUGCCACGCCUGGCGGGUCCUGGGCCCGAAGCUAGUGCUGAGGUGCCCCUGCGGCGCUGCCUCACUGUCUGGGACCUCACCUUCCUGGGCAUCGGGUCCAUGGUGGGGGCUGGCAUCUUUGUCAUCACGGGCGUCGCAGCGGCGACAGUGGCAGGCACGGUCUGGGGGCCAGCCAUCAUCCUGUCCUACGUGCUCGCCGCACUGGCCGCUGGUCUCUCGGCGCUCAACUAUGCCGAGUUGGCUGCCAGCAUGCCAGUGGCUGGCAGCGCCUUUGACUACACGUACGUCGUGUUUGGGGAGGGCCCCGCCUGGUCAGUGGGCUGGAGCAUGGUACUGGAGACUGUGCUUUCCUCGGCGGCCGUGGCACGGGGCCUGUCCGGAUACGCCGCCACCCUGGCGGGGGCCGACGCCAGGGCGCUGCUGAUCAGCAUCCCCGCACUCGGCCUGGAGCUGGACCCCCUGGCCGCCGGGCUGGUGCUCGCGCUCUCCGGCCUGCUCAUCUGGAGCGUGAAGCAGGGGAUGCUUUUCAACCGAGUGGUGUCUAUCGCCAAGCUCGCCGCCAUCGCGCUGGUGCUGGGCAUGGGCCUGCCCCGCGCCUCGCUCGCCAACCUUACGCCCUUUGCCCCGGAGGGCGUGCGCGGCGUCUUCUCCGGGGCCAGCCUGGUCUUUUUCUCCUACGUCGGCUUCGAGAUGGUGGCCAACGCCGCCGAGGAGGCUCUGGAGCCCUCCCGGGACCUGCCCCUGGCCAUCCUGGGGUCCCUGGGUCUAACAACCGCGCUGUAUGUGGCCGCCAGCGCCUGCAUCGUGGCGCUGGUGCCGCGCGGCAAGAUCGACACCCACGCCGCCUUCUCCGUCGCCUUCACGUCCGCCGGACUGGAGUGGGUGGCGCGUGCCGUCUCCGCGGGCGCACUGGCAGGCAUCAUCACCUCCUGCCUCUGCGGCCUGCUGGCGGGCGCCAGGGUGCUGGUGACCCUGGGUCGCGCUUUCCUGCUGCCCCACGCGCUGGCGCGUGUGCACCCGGGCCGGCAGACCCCCGUGGCCGCCAGCCUGGCGGCCGCCGCGCUGGCGGGCACGCUGAGCCUGCUCAUGGACAUCGGCAUCCUGGCGGAGGUGGUAUCGGCCGGCACGCUGCAUGUCUUCCUCCUGGUCUGCAUGGCGGUUCUGCACCGCCGCUACCGCGCCAGCGGCCACGGCCGCGCUGCGCUGCGCGUCGUGGGAGGCCUGUGCUUGUUGUCCCUGGGCGCGAGCCUGGCCUUCCGCUUCGGCGCGCCCCUCGCCGUCCUGGUCGUCCUGGCCGCGCUGUGGGCGCUGGGCGCGGCCUCGCUCUGCUUCAUCCCGCGUGCGCAGCAGGUGACCACCUUCCAGAAGAGUUUCUCCGUGCCCCUGUUCCCCAUCACGCCCGCCCUGGGCCUGCUGGUGAACAUCCACCUCUUCUGCAGCCUGGGCGUGGCCACCCAGGCCUGCUUUGGGGCUUGGACAGCGCUCGGCGCGCUCAUCUACUGCCUGUACGGCGUGCAUGCGGCUGCGGCGGCCGAGGAGGCGGGCGAGGCCCCCUUGACGAGGCAUGAGUCGGACUUUGGCGACCGACUGGUUCCAAUGGCGCGCCUGGAUGGCAGCUCUGAGGUCUCCAUCUACCACGUGUCCUACCUCCGUGGCUUGCUGCCGGACCACGUCUUCCAGGGCGUGGACCUGCAGCACCUCGACGGCAUGGCAGAUGCACUGGAGAAGGGCUACCUUCACAAGUGCCUGUUUGGAUUUGCUGCUGAUGUCGACGCGCAGCAGCUGCUGGAGCAGUAUGUGUUCACCUUCUCGUAUGACCCAGACGGCUGCAUCCACAUGUCUCUGGCCGGAAAAGGAAAGAAAUUUGCCAGCCGGCACGGUGCAGCUGGCGUCGAGAGCGUGAAGAAGCAGGUCUGUCGGCUGAUGCGCAUGCUGGUGGAGGUUUGCCACACGCUGGAGCCCGUGCCGGACGAGCGGUACCUCUUCAUCAAGCUCACGUACGUGGAGGGCACCCCCGCCGACUAUGAGCCUCCCAUGUUUGAACCUGCAGCGCACAGGGCAACCGGCUGCUUCCCCCGCAAACCCUUCAACAUAUGCGUGGGUGCUGUGGACAGCAACUACCAUGCAGUCACGCUCCAGGUCAAGUCCGUCCUAGACUCCCUGGCCGAUGGGGUCAGCGAGGGAAACGCGGUGGCCGACGACCAAAGCGUCCAGGCGUCCGAAGCCAUGACCGGCAAACCGAAGGAGGGACGCACAGAUGCGGUGCAUCUGGAGCGUCUGCGCAUCUGGGUGAAGAGUCGGAAGAAGACCCAGGUGAAGCUGAGAACAAUGAAACUGAGGAGCUUGCAAUGGAUCAAUGUCAUGAUCACCAAGUCCGCGUGA